AUGCCAGAAUUAACUUCAGAAACACCGUAAGUGAAUUUUGUAAAGUGUAUUUUGUCAAUAAUUUUGUUGAAAGAAAGUGUAUAUAUUUUUCAUUAUUUUGUUGUACACGUGUGACUUUAGUUUAGUUUUAGUUUAGAUUUAUUUGGACAAUUCUGGGCAAAGACAAUAUUAUUCAUGUGAUAAUUUAUCUGUGUAUAAACACAGCAAAAGGAAUGAUCAUCUAUCAAGAGUAGAGACAAAUUAUUUGAUAAUCUAAAGACUGAGGUCCCCCCCCAGUUACAUGACGGGUUGACUACCUCGCAGGUGUUUGUUGUAGGUAAGGGGAGAGGGGGGGGGGUUAGUUACACGUCAUUUGCUUUUAUGACAUCAACAUAUGCCAUUUGAUCAGGAGUGAUGUCUGCCCACAAAAAUUUCUAUGACGAAGGGCCUCACUCAAAUAUUGAUGUUCUGCUUAAUAUACUUUGUAUAACAUGCAAGCGAAACAACUUGCUUGAUCAGGCGAGUCCCAAGAAUCCACCACUUCUACCCUGCCUGUAAUGAUUUUUGCACCACUAGUUUGUUCUGAUUUGUCUUAAUGGUUUGUCUUGUGCUUACACAAAGAUGAAUAAUCUGUCAGAUAGCUAGAUGAUAUGUUUUGAUGAGCGGUCCAUCUCAAGAUUAGAUUUUGUUACUUACAUAUACAUCUAGUCUUACUUAGACAUUCCUUUAUUUAUUAUUUACAACACAAGCAGCUGUGUUGUAGCGGAUGUACAAAUUUGAGCAGAAGGCAAGAGUUUGUAUAUCUGAUAUAACAAAGACGUGAAUGUUGUAAAUGGCUUGUGAAACAUCUUGAUGAGAACAUUGGUAUUCUUCAACAAUUUAAAAUGAAUUAAUGGUAUUUGGUGAGAAAAUUGAACUUAAAGUUUAUGUAAAUCAGCAUGAUUUUGUAUCAGAUAUACAAACACCUUCAAGCUAAUGAUUUUGUGUUUUUUUUUUCAUGAAUUAUUAAUGAGUUUCACAAAUAUAUUCUAGAGAUACAGGCACAAGUUGGGCCGAUCAGGUUGAACAAGAAGGUAUGUAUAUGCAGGAAAAAAAUUAAAAUCCAUUAUAGUAAAUAAUUCAACAUGAUGCUUUUCCCAUGAUGUCCCAUCAUGGCUUGGAAAAAUUUGAUGCGAAAAUGGCUGCAUAUUGUCAAUUUAUCAUAAACUGAAAUUUGCGAGGCCACAUUCAAGCCAAAAAUACUUCUACAUAGCCAAUUCUUGCUUGUCUAGAUGAACCAGAUCACACUGUAUUACCCCAGCCAACUGAAGUCAUAAAAAAUGGUAUUAAAACUAUCACAGAGUACAAGAUGAAUGAUGAUGACAAGUUGGUCAAGGUAAAUAUUUAAAAUUACUAUUAGUAAAAAUAGUCAUGUUUCCAAAUACUUUUUCUUUUUUGUUAAAUUGAUUAAACCAUUUUAAUUUGUGCUAAUCAGGUUGUUCGGACAUACAAAUUGGAAACGCUCAAAGUUCAUAAAGCAAUUGCUAAAAGAAAGGUAAAGUUUUAGCACACAUGAUGUGAAGUGUGAUAUCAAAUGGGAUACUUUUAAUUUAGGGUAAAAUAUAUGUUUCUGCCAAAAACAUCAAUAUAAUGUCUUCUGCAAAACUCCUUCCCAUACCUUCAAAUUCUGUGUUGUGUAUAUUUCAAGAGAUGAAAGAUGUCAUGCCUACAAAUGCCCUCCCUCCCAGACGUUUUUGGUAGAAACAUACAUUUGACUCUUCCCUUAGAGAAAUUUAUAUGAUUAUUCUAUAACUACAGUACAUUGUGAUUCUCAAAUGCAAUUAUGUAUGUGUAUGUCAUUUACUUUUUUUUUAUUUCAAGCUCUGGGCAAAAUUUGGUGAUUCAAAGACUGAUAAACCAGGUCCCAAUCCUGCAACAACUAUGGUGGCUGAAGAUGUCUUUCUCGUUCUUACAUCAAACAAGGAGGUAAAGAAUAGUUGUCUAUUUACCUAGGAGGUUAUCUUGUCGGGGUUGAAAUCAGGGGCGUAGGAAGCAUCAACAGAUUGGGGGGGGGGCACCGAUUUCCAGGGGCACUUUGGGAUAUUGAAAAGAGCACCUAAAAAAAUUUUCCUGGAAAUGUUUGGCUUAAGAGAAGAAAUUUUCCCGUCAUACCAUACCGAAAUUGCACGUUUUUGACCAAUUUUUUUUUAAAAAACUUGGAAAUUUCCAAACAAAAAGGGCACCUUUGAAGUUAAUUUAGUAUUUACAGCGACAUUAGCUUGUACAAAAAGGACACUUUUCAUCACAUAAAAGGGCACUUUUCAUCACAAAAAAUGGCACUUUUAGUCCUUGGAAAAAAUUGAAAUUUAAAAAAAUGUAAAAAAAUAAUCUUCACCCCUUUCAGCAAAAUAUAUUUUUGUUUCUUUUUUGUCUUUUUCGUGACUUUGUUCCUUUAUUCAACUCGCUAUCACCUCACAACUGGAUAACAAAUUUAAAAAAAUGAAUAUAGUCCUAACCAAGUGGAAAAGUAUAUUCAUUAGUUUUGAACGCGUGUUACGUAACAUACAAAAGAUUCUCCUCUUAAUACCUCGGAGUUUAUUUAUUUAUUGAAUAUAUUUUCCUGUUAGGACUUGAACCAACAAGACGAUGACCCUUUUAAAAAGCUUCAAAACCAGAAAACUAUUGUGCAAUGUCGUAUUUGUAAAGGUGACCAUUGGACGUUAAAAUGUCCAUACAAGGACACGCUGGAACCUUUGCAACAACAGCUCAAGGAGGAAGAGAAUGCUGCUAGUAUCCUUUGUGUUGUUAACAAUCUUUGGGUCCAAUUAAGUCCAGGGUCUGAAAUUCAGUGGUGGAUCUGGAAAGGUUUUUUAGGGGGUGCUUGGCGAGCAACCAAGCACACCGAACCCAGCACUGGCUAGCAGUGUGCUGUCAUGAAAGUGCAACUAGUUUCUCGGUUACAAUUUCCAGAUAUGUUGAAUAAAUAUAAUUUAAUAAUUAUAUAAAAUAUACAUCCCAGAUUCUCUUGAGACUAUGAUUGUAUGUAUGAAAGAAAAAUGGAAAUUUUUUCACAUUUGAAUAUUCGAUUUGUAUUUUCAUUAUAGACAUUUCCAGCAAAUUAAAAUUAAGAAUUUGCUUUAUUCAAUCAAAGUGUCAAAUUAAAUUAAUUAUUAAUAUUGGACUUAUUUAUAGUAUUUAACUAGUGCUGUGGUGAUAUAACAAAAUUUCGAUUUUCACUGACCGAUAACUUUGAUCCUGGUUUAAGUUUUCCAAAUAUUUAGAAACGCUAUAUCAUUUUGAGUUAUUUGGUCUACAUAUCUUUUAAAAUUCCUUUCAUUGGCUGUUCAAAAACUGAAAAAUCGCGUUCAGUGUGUCUCGCGUCCGGUCUGUCUCGCGUCUUGUUUGUAUAAUGGUAAAUUUACAAAAUGUUUAGGAACGAACUUUUCCUAAGUCUCAUGUUAAUAGUAUAUUUUGUGUUCAAUAUAUAGACCACAGUAAGACUUCUUUUAAAUGUGUUUAUUACAUUAACAAACGACGUUUCGGAGAUUCACUCCAUCCUCAGGUAGUUGAGAUUACAAUUUACCUGAAGAUGGAGUAAAUCUCCGAAACGUCGUUUGUUAAUGUAAUAAACACAUUUAAAAAAAGUCUUACUGUGGUAAAUUUACAGUUACAACUUUUAAAAGUCGCUUCUCACGUUGUUUGAAUUGUCUAGAAUCUUUCACGAGGGCAGACAGUACCCAAAAAAUGGCGGAUUUGGCCUUCGUGAGAAAGGCUAAUUGGCUUAAGUUGUUGUAACUUCCUUAACAAUGUUGUUCAGAUAGCAGUGGUGAAGGUGGUAGUAAACCUACAAAUCUCAAUCAGACAGGAGGAAAAUAUGUUGCACCCGGACGACGCGAGGGAGCCAGCGGAAGAGGAGAAAUGAUGAGUUCAAGAAACAGAGGUAAAUCAUGGCUUGAUUAGAAACCUGAUCAUAGUGUUUGGUAGUAAGGAUAUGUGUUUGACAAGUAUCGAAGCCUGGGAACCUAGUAAUGGAGAAUCUGUUAACAGAAUACCAUGACCCAAUAGGGUAAGACAUUAUUUUUAAAAGAGUUGGUAUGUCUUUGUUUUUUUUCCACAGACGAGACAGCAACCAUACGUGUGACUAACCUAUCAGAAGACACCAGAGAGUCGGAUUUACAGGAACUCUUCCGACCUUUUGGACCCAUAUCUCGAAUUUAUCUCGCAAAAGAUAAAAUCACCAACCAAUCCAAGGUAGAUAUAUUCUAUACAUUUUUUAAACAAUGGCCACUGUCGAAAUUUUCCAGGGCGACGACUAAACCGAUACAUUAGUUUGUUCGCCCUUCAAUUUCCGGGCAUUUGUAAUGUAUUUUUAUUUCCUAUUCAGGGAUUCGCUUUUAUCAAUUUUGUUCGACGUGAAGACGCUGCUCAAGCGAUUAAGUGUGUCUCGGGUCUUGGUUACGACCAUCUUAUUCUUAACGUAGAGUGGGCGAGGUAAGAACAAUAGACUGGUGAAAUUACCUGGGGGAAAUUUGGUUAAAAGCAGUGGCAGAUAGUAGGAGGGGGGAAGGGGGGGGGGGCGAUUCUAGUUGAUUGUAAACUGAUUCUAAUUUCGCCUCAGUCGUAUAUGAGAAUAAUUCUUCCAGAUUUGACUCUGCCAACAAACACCGCAUUUUUUUUCACCGCACCGGAUUUCUUUUGAAGUAACACUUGAUAGACUGGACCUCUAGUGUGAAAAGAUAGAGCUGUUCAGUUUAAAUAAAAUAAGUGAUUCAAUGAUUUUUCUUUUUUUUUGUAGGCCAUCAAAUACAUAA